GCAAGACUCCUUCUCAAAAAAAAAAAAAAAAAAAAAGAGGGCUUCCUCCCUGGACCUGUGAGUGGCAGGCAGUGGGAGGCCAGGUGGGCAGGGUCUGGGAAACAUUCUCAGCCUCGCAGAGGGCAGCCAGGGGCUGGGGAGGUGGUGGCUUUGGCCCAGGCCUCAACAUUGCUCCCACCCCAGGCUUUCCAGGAGGAGCUGGCCCAUUUCCGGGAGCAACUGGACACCUGCAGGGGCCCUGUGAGCUGUGCCCUUGUGGCCCUGAUGGCCCAUGGGGGACCACGGGGUCAGCUGGUGGGGGCUGAUGGGCAAGAGGUGCAGCCCGAGGCACUGAUGCAGGAGCUGAGCCACUGCCAGGUGCUGCGGGGCCGCCCCAAGAUCUUCCUGCUGCAGGCCUGCCGUGGGGGAAACAGGGAUGCUGGUGUGGGGCCCACAGCUCUCCCCUGGUACUGGAGCUGGCUGCGGACAUCUCCAUCUGUCCCCUCCCAUGCAGAUGUCCUGCAGAUCUAUGCUGAGGCCCAAGGCAGCUCCUGCAGGGGCGCCCCUCCAGGGAGCUCUGACCAAGCAGACAUCCUGACGGUCUACUCAGCAGCAGAAGGCUAUGUGGCCUAUCGCGAUGACAAGGGCUCACAGUUUAUCCAGACACUGGUCGAGGUCCUCAGAGCCAACUCCGGGAGAGACCUUCUGGAGCUGCUGACUGAGGUCAACAGGCGGGUGUGUGAGCAGGACGUGCUGGGGCCCGACUGCGAUGAACUCCGCAAGGCCUGCCUGGAGAUCCGCAGCUCGCUCCGGCGCCGGCUCUGCCUCCAGACCUGAGGGUGCGGCGGCCACGGGGGCGCUGCUGAGACGGUGGCCAGAUCCCAGCGCCAUUCUUGCCUGCAUCCACCCCCCACCCCCCGGUUUCCUCAUCGGAGAGCAAGGCGUGGCAGCGUGGGGGUGGCCGUGCAAUAAAUAUGUGCCGUGAACAGAGCCUGUUCUCAAGGACGUGUGAAAUAAGUGAGAUAAUGUGUGUAAAGCGCCUGGCACUGCAUAUGGACGCAAUAGUGUCCAUGGGAACCGAGCUGGGGCCUGUGCCCAGGUUCCGGGACUUAGGAACCCAACAUGGGCUGGACUGGGCUGGGCUGGGUUGGCAGUUCGGUUGUGGGAGCGUCCGGGGGGGAGGGGUCCCAGGAAGAGGACGCAUAACCCUCUCCCAGCCAUGUCCCUGUGCACGCGCGCCCCACCUCCACCCCGCGCUGGGCCAUAGAAACUCAGGAAACACGGCCCCCGCUUUCCAGGCGGCCAGAAUAAAGUCUGGGGCCAAAAGCCUCUGAAACACACCUUGGCAGGUUCACCGGUGAUGGAGCAAGCACAGGGGCUGGGCAAGCAGCUUGCAGCCCCUGACCCAAAGCGGCGGGAAGCACAUGGGGAAAGCGCUCCCAAACGGCGUCUCGGAGGGGCCUGCUGCGGGGAGGGUGGGGUAGGGCGGGCUCGCCAGGGCUCGAACUCACAGUCCCGGGCCCGCGGCGGCAGUUUCCACCCAGCAGCCUCAGCGGCCGGGCGCGGUGGCCCA